AGCAAAGAAACAUCAAAGUCACCGAUCUCUUCAUAAUUACAAGACCAUUUAGACCAGAUAUCCUCUUCACGAAGUCGAGGGACCGCUUAUAUCUUUACUUUGUCCUGCCUGCCGCUCCUCCCGAUUCGCCUCUUCCGCUAGGAUCAUCCCACCACUUCACAGUCACGAUGACCGAAUCCGUCACACCUGGUGUCAAAAGAAAGCGUUCGAGAACGCAGUCUCUCCCCCCACCCGAACUUCCUCGUCUUGUCGCUGAACAGCACGUCCCGAUCUCGGUGAAUGACAAAGACACGAAACGGCUGAUUGUCGUGCUGUCCAAUGCAAGCCUUGAAACAUACAAAGCUGCCCAUAGCGGAAAACCUGGCAAAGAAGAGAAGUAUUCGCUGUUGAACAGCGACGAACAUAUUGGCGUGAUGCGCAAAAUGGGCCGAGACAUUAGUGAUGCAAGACCCGAUAUCACACAUCAGUGCCUGCUCACGCUCCUGGAUUCACCCAUCAACAAGGCCGGGAGGUUGCAAAUAUUCAUCCACACUGCGAAGGGCGUUCUGAUCGAGGUCAACCCCAGUGUGCGAAUCCCGAGAACAUUCAAGCGCUUCGCCGGUUUGAUGGUCCAACUCUUGCAUCGGCUGUCCAUUCGAUCAGUAAACUCGCAGGAAAAGCUGCUCAAGGUCAUCAAGAACCCUAUCACGGAUCAUUUACCGCCAAACUGCAGAAAGGUCACGUUGAGUUUCGACGCCGAUGUUGUACGAGUCCGAGAUUACGUCGACAAACUUGGGCCCACGGAAAGCAUCUGCGUCUUCGUUGGUGCCAUGGCCAAAGGCAAGGACGACUUCGCCGACGCUUUCAAGGACGAAUCUAUCAGUAUCAGCAAUUACAGCCUUAGCGCAAGUGUGACUUGUAGCAAAUUCUGCCACGCUUGCGAAGACUCGUGGAACGUCCUCUGAGGUCUCAAAGGUAUGACAAACUAAUAUCUUGUUUACCAGAUUUCUUUUUCAAGUGGCAAUUCUGCAAAGGCUAGAUCACAACAUCCAAGCCAUCUUGCACGAAUCAAUGCCUGCUCUGCAUUGGGGGAGUUGGAUCUGGCGUUUGUUUUCAUAACAAGACAUAACAUGGUUCAACAAACCUCAAGGCGGUUUCUUUCGUCUGUGGAACCGUAGGUGCAGUCAACCUGCCCUACAUCUGGAAACCAUACCGUUGGGAAUCUGGGAGCUGAUGGAGCCUCCUCAUAUGUGGACAGCUGCACGCACGUAUCGAAUGAUUGAUGGGAUGAUCUUGUUCAGAGUCAGGCUCCGUGUCGCUUUAUUACGAGGCCACGAAGCAAGGGAGAUGUCAUGGUUGGUUCAUUUACCAAUCGAUUUACUGCACGCCUCAUAAGUAUGACAUGGCACUCCAGGGGGCAAUUACGACAGAAAGAACUGUGCCACAGUUGCACGAAUAUGACAGAAUCCUAAUGACUACAUGCAGCGUCCUUCAGGACCAACCCACGCUUCCGAAAUGUCUCUUUCACCGUCCAUAUUGAUUAUGAAGGGAC